GCUGGUAGCAGGGGAGGGAGCGCUGGCUUUAGAAAGGCAGCCGCAGAGAUUCCGAGGGGCAGAAGUUGUCUGAGUGCUUGGUCGGCGGCUGUGGGGCCUGAUCUGUGACUCCGCUGCGACUUUACAUCUUUAAAUGGAUGAGAUGGCGACCACUCAAAUAUCCAAAGAUGAGCUUGAUGAGCUCAAAGAGGCCUUUGCAAAAGUUGAUCUCAACAGCAAUGGAUACAUUUGUGACUAUGAACUUCAUGAGCUUUUCAAGGAAGCUAAUAUGCCAUUGCCGGGAUAUAAAGUGAGAGAAAUCAUUCAGAAGCUCAUGGUGGACGGUGACAGGAAUAAAGACGGGAAGAUAAGUUUUGAUGAAUUUGUUUAUAUUUUUCAAGAGGUAAAAAGCAGUGACAUUGCUAAGACCUUCCGCAAAGCAAUCAACAGGAAAGAAGGGAUCUGUGCUCUGGGAGGAACUUCGGAGCUGUCCAGUGAAGGAACACAGCAUUCUUACUCAGAGGAAGAAAAAUAUGCAUUCGUUAACUGGAUAAACAAAGCUUUGGAAAAUGAUCCCGAUUGCAGGCAUGUUAUACCAAUGAACCCAAACACUGAUGACCUGUUCAAAGCUGUUGGCGAUGGAAUUGUUCUUUGUAAAAUGAUCAAUCUUUCGGUUCCUGAUACAAUUGAUGAAAGAGCAAUCAACAAGAAGAAACUUACACCCUUCAUCAUUCAGGAAAACUUGAACUUGGCACUGAACUCUGCUUCUGCCAUUGGGUGUCAUGUUGUGAACAUUGGUGCAGAAGAUUUGCGGGCUGGGAAACCUCAUCUGGUUUUGGGACUGCUUUGGCAGAUUAUUAAGAUUGGCUUGUUUGCUGACAUUGAAUUAAGCAGGAAUGAAGCACUGGCCGCUUUACUUCGAGAUGGUGAGACUUUGGAGGAGCUUAUGAAACUCUCUCCAGAAGAGCUUCUGCUAAGAUGGGCCAACUUUCACUUGGAAAACUCAGGCUGGCAAAAGAUCAACAACUUCAGUGCUGACAUUAAGCUUAUUGACUUCAGUAAUUCAGUGAAGGAUUCCAAAGCUUAUUUCCAUCUUCUCAAUCAAAUUGCACCAAAAGGACAAAAGGAAGGUGAACCCCGGAUAGAUAUUAAUAUGUCAGGUUUCAAUGAAACAGAUGAUUUGAAGAGAGCUGAGAGUAUGCUUCAACAAGCGGAUAAAUUAGGUUGCAGGCAGUUUGUUACCCCUGCUGAUGUUGUGAGUGGAAACCCCAAACUGAACUUAGCCUUUGUGGCUAACCUGUUUAAUAAGUACCCGGCACUAACUAAGCCUGAAAACCAGGACAUUGACUGGACUUUACUAGAAGGAGAAACUCGUGAAGAAAGAACCUUCCGUAACUGGAUGAACUCUCUUGGUGUUAAUCCCCACGUAAACCAUCUCUAUGCUGACCUGCAAGAUGCCCUGGUAAUCUUACAGUUAUAUGAACGAAUUAAAGUUCCUGUGGACUGGAGUAAAGUUAAUAAACCUCCAUACCCAAAGCUUGGUGCCAACAUGAAAAAGCUAGAAAACUGCAACUACGCUGUUGAAUUAGGGAAGCAUCCUGCUAAAUUCUCCCUGGUUGGCAUUGGAGGCCAAGACCUGAAUGAUGGGAACCAAACCUUGACCUUAGCUUUAGUCUGGCAGCUGAUGAGAAGAUAUACCCUCAAUGUCCUAGAGGAUCUGGGAGAGGGUCAGAAAGCAAAUGAUGACAUCAUUGUAAACUGGGUGAACAGAACAUUGAGUGAAGCUGGAAAGUCAACUUCCAUUCAGAGUUUCAAGGACAAGACGAUCAGCUCCAGUUUGGCGGUUGUGGAUCUAAUUGAUGCUAUCCAGCCAGGCUGCAUUAACUAUGACCUUGUGAAGAGUGGCAAUCUAACAGAAGAUGACAAGCACAAUAAUGCCAAGUAUGCAGUGUCAAUGGCUAGAAGAAUCGGAGCCAGAGUGUACGCUCUCCCUGAAGACCUUGUGGAAGUAAAGCCCAAGAUGGUCAUGACCGUGUUUGCAUGUUUGAUGGGCAGGGGGAUGAAGAGAGUGUAAAAUAACCAAUCUGAAUAAAGCCAACCUUGUUCCCAAGUGCAUGAUUAGCAAGUCAGCUAUUUCCAGGUGAAGUGCUUAUGGCUUAAGAACUUCUUGGUCAUUUAAAGGACUUUUAGUUUUGAUUAACAAGACUAGCUCAUCGUGAGAGCCCUCGGGAGAGAGUUUGAAUAACAAGCAACUCCUCUUUCCCUUAGCGUUGGAUCUGCCAGGCACACUUGAACCGUGCUCAUAGCCAACCAUUUUACUCUCUCCUCCUAGAAUGCCACACUUCACAUUUCCUGUUGCUGUGUGUUAUUCCUGUACGUAUGUUUUUCCCUCUUAGAAUGUCCAUCUCUUGAGAGUUGCUUAGAUGGGUAGAUAAUGAGUAUUCUUAGCUAGUCAUUGUGCUAUCCAUCCAGGCUGCCAGUUCUUACUCCAGAACUAGGCUCAGAAGGUAUGUGGACAUGAGUAUCCUCCACUUACUCUGUAGCACUGAAAAUUUGCCGAAGCAACUGGCUGAGCAGAAUGUAAUAGAAGCUUUUCUUAUUCUUUUAUUCUUAAAAUUGGUAUCUUUUUACAGUAUUCUUUCUACAUGAUUAUUUUUUGUACAUUUAAGAAUAUUUUGAUUACAUUCAACAAGUCUGCUGAUUUUGCUACUUUUUUUAAGGGGUCUUCAAGUAAGUAAAAAAAGAAUACAUUAUAAGUGGAGGAAAAAUGUACCCUAAGGUUGCAUCUUCUCUCUCACACCCAAGCUGUAAACUAAGGAAGUAUUUUUGUCUCCAAUAUGUCAGUUCAAUACAUGCUUAUUUGCUCUGAAACCUGUAUCAUCAAGCUCUCUCUUUCAAUCGAAAAUACCAUUGAAUAUGGCCCUUGAGGAGAGAGUGAAUGCAGAACUUGGAUGAAAUUGUGUAGGCCAAGUCUGCUAAGUGUACAAUACAUUUUUAAAUUUUACUCCUAUAACAACAAAGGUAUGAAAAGUCAAAGUAUGUAUGUAGGACUUGAUGUACUCUUGCUUUGUCAAGCUCUUUGCUAUAGUUCUCAAGAUCAUUAUGUUACUCUAACUCUGAAAAGGGAUGUAAUCUGGUAGCAAUGUAGUAGUUCAAAAUAAAGGCAUUUACAUAAUAA